AUGAGUACUACGGGAUCAUUAAAAACAGCUGGUAGUGUUGCAAAUCAUGCACGUAGUGAUCAAUCAAUAAGAAAACCUCGCUUAGCACCAUUAUGGCCCGAAUGGAACGAUGCUGAUGUUAAUGCUGAAUCAUGGGAAAUUGGAAGUGGAAAAAAGAAAGAAACAGCAGCGAGUAGAGCUCGUGCUGAUACAAAAUCAGCUAGUGUAGCAGGCACACAUGGAUUUGAAGAUCCUGAAGGUAAAGUUGAACUACCUCCAACUUUUAAAGUCGAACAAUGGAAAAGACCAGUCGAUUUUUUACCACCGGAAAGACCACCAGUAAUUGUCGAUCCUGAUCAAGGCAUGCAAAAUUUUGAUUUAGUCACACCAAAUGAACAUUUACAUUUCAAUGAAACAAUGCGCAACAUUAUUAGUCAGAUUACCGCAUUAUGGGAUAUUUGCCGACGAGAACGUAAACAUACAAAUUCACCAUCAGAAACUACUACAGAACCAAAUGCAGCUGUUUUAAGUGGACGAACAUGGCGUCCAUGGGAACAUAUAUAUGCCUUGAAUAAAGUAUCUAGACAACCUUUUAUACCUCCAUACAAUCCUGCAGGCAAAUAUGUUAUUCGACUUUUCUUUUUGGGUACAUGGCGAAAAAUUAUUGUUGAUGAUACAAUUCCAUUUGAUUCGAAAAAUCGUUGUCUUUUACCACAAACAUCAUUAUCAUAUGAAUUAUGGCCAAUACUUUUAACAAAAGCUUUAUUAAAAAUAAUGUCACUUGAUUAUCGUCCACCAAAUACAAAUCCUACAUAUAAUGAAACCAGCGUUAUUCAUACACUUACUGGUUGGGUACCAGAACCUAUUCCACUGAAAUACACACAUGCAGGAAAAGUAUGGGAAUUUCUUCGUUACGAUCGUUCAAAUAAAAUCGUAGUGGAUAAUGAAAAUGUAGCCAAUAAAAUUGAACAACGUUCAACAAGUCCAUUACCAGCUUUUGGUCCUGUACCAUUAUAUAAAUGGCCAGAAGCAAAAGCUGAUGUACCAGAAGAAUCUGCAUCAUCACAUGCAAAUGAACAAGUGGGUCAUCAAGAUGAUACAGGAACUGAAACUUUAACAAAAAAAUCUGAUGAAAAAAGUGCAAAAAAAGCAGGAGCACCAGCUAGUUUAACAGUACCAAAAGAUACAACUACAAAAGCAGCAGCAGGAAAAGAAAGUCGAACAGGUAAAGAUUCGAAACGAUUUGGUGGUGCUGGUCGUGGAGGUACAGUAGAAGAUCCAGCAGCUAUUAUUGAUGAUCAAACCAUACCUGAAGCACCAAAAAUGAUUGUAUUUGCUAAUAUACCACAUUCACAACCAGCACGUAAUAGUGCUUAUGGUGAAUUAGCAGAUAGAAGUGAACGAUUAAGACGUUAUAAUCUUAAUGAUACAUUUUCAACUUCAAUGUUAUUAACUACAAUUCGAGAUAUUCCAUUAGAACCACCACCACCACCAGAAUAUAUACCUCCAUGGAAACUUAUUCGACCAAAAAAAUCAAAAACAUUACCUCAUGCUGAACCAUUUACUCCUCGAGAACCAAAACCUGAUCGUUACAUUGAAAUAACAUCUCCAUAUAUUAAUUAUCCAUCUCCAAGUGUACUUAAUAUGAAUGUUCAUACACCUAAUCAUGGUGCAACAUCACGUUUAAGUCAUUCAGCAACACAUUCAACUGGUGUUGAUGUACAGGAAAUACUUGAAGUUGAUGAAGAUGAAGAUGCAGAACAUAAUGAAUCACGACCUGAACUUGAUAUUGAUCAAGCUGAUACAAGUUUAAUGUCACCUGCUAAAGAGUUAAAUGUUGUUGAUACACCAGAUGGAUUUGAUAGUUCUUUACGUAGUGCAGGAAGUACACUCCGACAAGAACGAUCAGCUGAUAAAAAUAAAGGUAAUCGAAAAAUGACAAGUAGUAAAAUCGAAUUACCCAAUGCAAAACUAAUAUCAGAUGCUGCAUCUGUUAAAACCGCUGAAAGUGAACAAAAUUCAGCACAGGUAGAUUUGGCCGCAACUGCAAAUAAUGAACAACAAGAUUCUCAAUCGAAAACAAAUGAUGCACAUUCAAGUCCUAAACCCAGUCAACCAAUGAAAAAAUCUUAUACAACACCAAAAUUAUGGAUGGAUUUUGAAGAUUUUUGUUCAUGUUUUACAUCAAUUGUUGUUUUUCAUAAUCCUCGUGGCUAUCAACAUACACAAAAACAUACAGAAAUAAAGGUAAAAUACAACUUUUGUUUUUUUUUAAUAUGCAAUUUUUUAUUUCUUAUCACGAUAAAUAAGAAAAUAAUGCACAUAUGUUUCUUUUUAGUUUUUUACAGCACAACAGGUAAUUGUUUAUUAAAAAUUAUUAAAAGAUAUAUUGCUUAUCGCUUAAUCAUGUACAUAUAUCUAUAUAUAAACAUAUUUACCUUUAUAUAUAACUAUGUGUCAAUCUAACCCUUAUUUUUAUUUAUAUAAUCCUCUUCUUAUAUAAAACCAUGCCACAGUUUAAUUUAAAUUAUCUUUCAAUGGAAUAAAAAACAUU